UAGUAUUUAAGUAAUAAUAAUUACAGUUUUAAGUUUUAGUGUCGGCACUCGGUGAGUUGUGCAGUUUGCUUGACAUUUUCAAAAUAAUUCAACAUAAAUAAGUAUGUGUCGUUAAUAUUAUUUUAAAUUUAUUAAAGAAAGUUAAAACAAAAAAAAUUAAAGAAUAAAUUUAGUACUUACCUAUUAAUUCUUCAUGAAUAUGGACUAAUAUAAUUGUUUUUUUUUUCAAACUAUUAUAUAGAUUCUUAUGUUUUACUUACUAUUAAGUUUUUACCUAUUAACAUUAAUUACAUCAGCAAUAUUUAUAAUAUCACUGUAAAGUUUUUACUUUGACCGACUCUUACAAACAAAUAUUAUGGAGCGCGAUUAUGCUCCACUGAGUGCCGCUUGUGUUCGGGCAUUAAAUGAUAAAAUGUAUGACAAAAGAAAGGCAGCUGCAUUGGAAAUUGAAAAAAUGGUUAAGGAGUUUGCCGCAGUUAAUAAUUCGAUGCAAAUACGACGAUUGCUGAAAGUGUUAGGACAGGAUUUUGCAAUGUCCAAGAAUGCCAAUGCUAAAAAAGGUGGUCUCAUCGGACUUGCUGCCAUGGCAGUGGGUCUAGGAAAAGAUACAGCUUUAUAUAUUGAUGGAUUGAUAGAACCAAUUUUAGUAAAUUUUAAUGAUGCUGAUUUAAAAGUUCGAUACUACGCUAGUGAGUCAUUGUACAAUGUUUCAAAAGUAGCUCGAAGUGCAGUGUUAACACAUUUUCCUGAAAUAUUUAAAGCUUUAAGUAAAUUAGCAGCUGAUCCAGACCAAAAUGUUAAAAAUGCUUCUGAACUUCUCGAUCGCUUAAUGAAGGACAUUGUUACGGACAAUGCUAAUAUAUUUGAUCUUGUUGGGUUUAUUCCUUUGUUACGAGAACGGAUAUACACGGAUAAUACAUUCGCAAAGCAAUUUAUAAUCUCAUGGAUUACAGUUUUGGACGAUGUGCCGUCAAUUGAUUUAGUUAUAUAUCUUCCAGAAAUUUUAGAUGGUUUAUUUAAAAUGCUAUCUGAUCCAACAUUUGAAAUAAAGAAGAUGUGUGACGCUGUAUUAAAAAAGUUUUUAGAAAAUUUACAAAAGAAUCCAGAAAAAGUAAAUUACACUGAUAUGAUAAAUAUUAUUGUGCUUUAUUCUUGUUCUACUGAUGAGUUUGUUCAAUAUACUUCCAUGUGUUGGAUAAAAGAAUUCAUUGCAAUGUACGGGGAAAAAAUAUUGCCUUUUACUUCCAGCAUUUUGAAAGCAUCGCUAGCAUCAACUUCGAAUCAUGAAACAGAGCCGCAAUUACGUGUCAAACAAAUUGCUAAGCUCGUCAAUUUGACUUUAAUGGAUCUAAUUAAAGAAGUAGAAGACGAUACCGGAGAUUCUAUUGAAAACGAAAAGGGUGAAAAUUUAGACCUUUCAUCAGUUAUUGUGGUACUAACAAAAGAAUUAAGCGGAUCGUCAAUUGAAACCAAAAUAACUGUACUCAACUGGAUAUAUCAUUUAUUCAAUCAUUUACCAAAUAGAAUUUUGGUUCAUAUGGAAUCGAUAUUCCCAUUGUUAUUAACAACGUUGUCGUAUCCAAAUGACGAAGUUGUCCAAAACGAUUUAAAAGUGAUUGCAAAAGUAAUUUCACCACCAAUCGUUCAAGCAAAUACGAAGCAAUAUUUUGAUAGUUUUAUUAUUAGUUUAUUGAAACAAUUUUGUUUUGAAAAAUCUUUGUUAAAAGACCGUGGUCAGUUUAUAAUAAGACAAAUUUGUGGUUUGUUAAAUUCUAAUGAAAUUUAUCGUACGUUAUCAACGUUUCUAUUAGAAGAGGAUAAUUUAAAUUUUGCAUCCGUUAUGGUAGGCACAUUGAACACAAUACUGUUGACAUCAUCCGAGUUGUAUGAUCUUAGAAUGCAAUUGAGAAAUAUCGAAAAACAAGAAAAUCGUGAAAUGUUUUUAUGUUUGUAUAGAACAUGGUGUCAUAAUCCAGUAGCCGCAGUAGCAUUAUGUUUGCUAACUCAAAAUUAUUUCCACGCUUGCAAACUCUUACAGACAUUCGCUUCAAUGGACGUUACUGUAGAUUUGCUCAUUGAAAUAGACAAGUUAAUUCAACUCAUAGAGUCGCCUAUAUUUAUAUAUUUAAGAAUGGAACUUUUAGAAGAACCAGUGAACCAGUAUUUAAUACAAGCUCUCUACGGACUUUUAAUGAUAAUGCCUCAAUCGGACGCAUUCCAUUUGCUGAGGCAUCGCUUAAAAUGUGUACCCCAUUUAACUGGGAAUGCCGCACAAUUAUCGAAUAAAAAUGUGGAUACUACUUCUAAAGGAUUGUUUGACACUAGUGACAUGCUUAAUCAUUUUACGGUUCUGCAAGAAAAACAUAAACAAUAUCAGAAAAAAAUUGCGUGCUCUACACAGCUUGAGAAAGGAAUCGCGAAGAUAGAAAUAUAAAAAAAAACAAUAGGUAUUUGCUACAUUAUUGUGAUAAAUUAUUAUUAUUUAUUAACGUUCAAUAUGUAUUUUAUUAUUUUGAAAAUUGCCAUUUAUACUUUUAUUUUAU